UUAACCAUAAUUCUGACCAAUCAGCUUUUCAACGGCCUACUUCUUAAACAUAAAUUGCAAACCGAGUAUCAGUGUGCAUUUGAGGAUGGCUGGAAAUGUUAAAAAUAAACACAAAGGUAAAUGGUAAUAGCCUUGGAGAAAACAUAGUUUAGGAGACAGAUGAACUAAACCUUAGUAUUGAUAAAGUUAGUUUAUCAGGACCUACAAAAUGGAGGCUACCCCAGUGGCCUGGCCCAACUCACAAAUCUAAACCUCAAUUAGCCUGCACUUAUGAGACACACCCGUUAGGGAAACUUAACAUCCACCAAUCACAAGCCUCCAACUCAGCUUUAGCUAGUCUACCUUCCCCUAGGAAAACUGACUGUGGUCCUCAGGAAACCCCCGCUCUCCUAGCCAACCCUGCCCUGUUUCCUGUUGCCUCUUCUCCAUAAAACUCGCUCUUGCCCUGAAUCCCUGGGGAACAGUGUUCCACUGCUUGUGAGCCACCCCCUCCCCAAUCCUGGGCUGUUUUUCCCUUGAACCAGGACAGCAAACUCCUCAUUCACUUUAGUUUUAUUAUCAGACAGUAUCGUAGGAGAGUCAUAAACGUGGUGUUGGUUAGAAAUAAUAUUUCAUGAAAAUAGAGAACAAGAAAGAGCUGUGGGAAAUUAAAACUAUAAUUGCUGAAUUAAUAAUUACUGUAGGAGAAUUGGAAGAUACUGGAGAGAAAAUUUCCCAGAAAAUAGAGCAAAAGCACUAAGAAUAUGGGGAGGAAGUGGGGGAAGAACUUGAGUGAUCAAUUAAAUCCCCACCUAAAUCGUGGGGAUACCAGAAAGAGUGAAAAGAGAUGAGCAGACAGUAGGAAAUCAUCAAAGAAAAUUAUAGAAAACGGGCACAAGUUUUAGAACCACUGAUGUCUUAGGGCUGAGGGGCCACCCCUGUGUUCAGGGGGAAAGGGCCCAUUGAGUGUCCAGAACAAUGAUUGUAGAAACACCCAAAUCUAUCUACAGCAUUUUGGAAUUUUAUAAGCCCAAGGAUAAAAGAGAAAAUCCAAAAAUAAACGAGAAAGAAACUGUCACCAGCCAAGAAAUAAAGCUUAUUCUAGCACUCUGAGCACUAACCAAUCUUAACUGUUUAGAAUAAAACACUUCCUGUUGUGGGGACUUGGUAGGUGUUGUCAUUCCUUCUGGGACCUGACUGGCCCUUUUGACUUCAUACUUAGAGCAUUUCCGGGUAAUUUCUCAGUGGACUGCAAUUUGUUUUGAGUUUCAGUUCCUCAAAUACUUUCUCAUUGCUUUCCAUUAAAGGACCAACACAGCAUUUGUACUCCGGCUGCCCAUUCUCCUUCCACUGGACAGGGACUCUGGCUAUACCUCUUGAAAAUGGCCUUGCAGGAGAAGGCCGCUGACCAGAGGGUUUCCCAGCAUGAUGUAACUUCCCUCGCUCCGGUGGCUGCUCUUCUAGGCUUCGACCCAGUUCAGUUUGUAAAGAAAAUGGAAACAGAGGAGCAGGAAGAUCGAGCAAAAAUGCAGAAAGGCUUUAACUCAGAAAUGCGCAGUGAGGCAAAAAGGCUAAAGACUUUUGUGACCUAUGACUCCUUCAGCUCGUGGACGCCGCAGGAGAUGGCAGCGGCUGGGUUUUAUUUCACCGGCAUCAAAUCGGGGGUGCAGUGCUUCUGCUGUAGCUUAGUCCUGUUUUGUAAUGCCCUCAAGAGACUCCCCAUAGAAGACCAUAAGGAGUUCAGCCCGCACUGUGAGUUCCUUUUGGGCACAGACGUUGGCAACAUUGCUAAGUAUGACAUAAGAGUUAAGAAUCCAGAGAGCGGGGUGAGAGGAGGCAAAGCAAAGUACCAAGAAGAGAAGGCCAGACUUGAAACCUUCCAAGAUUGGCCUUUUUAUGCCCAUGGGACAUCCCCACGGGAGCUAUCAGCUGCUGGCUUUGUCUUUACAGGGAAGCGGGACACUGUGCAGUGUUUUUCCUGUGGUGGAUGCUUAGGAAAUUGGGAGGAAGGAGAUGAUCCUUGGAAGGAGCAUGCCAAGUGGUUCCCCAAAUGUGAAUUUCUUCAAAGUAAGAAAUCCUCAGAGGAAAUUGGCCAGUAUAUUCAAAGCUACAAGGGAUUUGUUGGUGUCACGGGAGAACAUUUUGUGAAUUCCUGGGUCAAGAGAGAUUUACCUAUGGCAUCAGCUUUUUGUAAUGACAGCAUCUUUGCUAAUGAAGAACUACGACUGGACUCUUUUAAGAAAUGGCCCCAUGCAUUCCCUGGGGCUCCUGCUGCUCUGGCCAAAGCAGGUCUUUUCUACAUAGGUAUAGAGGAUACCGUCCAGUGUUUUUCCUGUGGAGGAUGUAUGAACAACUGGGUGGAAGGUGAUGACCCAUUAGGAGAUCAUUCCAAAUAUUUUCCUAACUGUCCGUUUCUCCAAAGUCUGAAGGCCUCUGUAAAAGUGACUCCAGACCUGCAGAACCACGAUGAGCUUUCUGAAUUGACGGAAACCAUAAGUGAAACCAAUCUUGAAGAUUCAGCAGCAGUUAGUUCUCUAAUGCCAGAGACAGCCCAGAGUGAAUCCCAGUGGUUUUGGAAGGCAAAAAGCCUGAACCAGAGGCUGAAAGAAGCCUACAUCGAUGCCAGUUUCCGCCACAUGUGUAUGCUUGAGGUCUCUUCCAAGCUGGCCACAGACCACUUGUUGAGUUGUGAUCUGUCCCUUGCUUCAAAACACAUCAGCUCUCCUGUGCAAAAGCCUGUACUGUUGUCUGAUGUCUUUGCCAACUUGAACUCUGUCAUGUGUGUGGAGGGUGAAGCUGGUAGUGGAAAGACAGUCCUCCUGAAGAAAAUAGCUUUUCUUUGGGCAUCAGGAUGCUGUCCCUUGUUAAACAGGUUCCAGCUGGUCUUCUAUCUCUCCCUUAGCUCUACCAGACUGGACCAAGGGCUGGCCAACAUCAUUUGUGACCAACUCCUAGAGACAGAAGGAUCUGUUACUGAGACGUGCCUACGGAACAUCAUGCACCAAUUAAAGAAUCAGGUGUUAUUCCUUUUGGAUGACUACAAAGAAAUGUGUUCAGUCCCUCAAGUCAUACAAAAACUGAUUCAAAAGAACCAUUCAUCAAAGACCUGUUUAUUGGUUGCCGUCCGCACAAACAGAACCAGAGACAUCCGGCAAUACCUACAUACGGUUCUAGAGAUCAAAGCGUUUCCCUUCUAUAACACUGUCUACAUAUUACGGAAGUUUUUUUCUCAUGAUUUGACCCGUCUGCGAAAGUUUAUAAUUCACUACAAAUUAAAUGAAAAUUUGCAAGGAAUUCAGAAAACUCCUCUUUUUGUAGCAGCAAUUUGUGCUAAUUGGUUUCGAAACCCCUUUGACGGGUCCUAUGAUUAUGUGGCUGUUUUCAAGUCCUAUAUGGAAUGCCUUUCCUUAAAGCACAAAACUUCAGCUGAACGUCUCAAAGCAACUGUGUCCUCCUGUGGUACGCUGGCCUUGAAAGGGUUUUUCUCUUCUUGCUUUGAGUUUAGUGAUGAUGACCUUGUAGAAGCAGGAGUUGACAAAGAUGAAGAUCUAACCAUGUGCCUGAUGAGUAAAUUCACAGCCCAGAGACUGAAACCAGUCUAUCAGUUUUUGGAUCCUGCAUUUCAAGAAUUUCUCGCCGGGAUGAGGCUGAUGGUACUGCUGGAUUCCGAUAGGCAAGAAGAUCAAGACUUGGGACUUUAUUAUUUGAAACAAAUCCAGUCUCCCAUGAUGACUGUAAGUCCCUGUAACAAUUUUUUGACGUACGUCUCCUGCUACCCUUCAACAAAGGCAGGGCCAAAAAUUGUAUCUCAUUUGCUUCAUCUUUUGGACAACCAAGAGUCAUUGGAGAAUAUAUCUGAAAAAGACAAUCUGAAGCACCAUCCGGAAGUUUUGAAGACAGUGCACAUCCUUAGAUCAUGCUGGCAAAUAUCUCCAGAAAAUUACUUUUCACUGGUUUCAAAACAUUUACUGACUCUUGCCAUAAAAAUUGCUUAUCAAAGCAACACUAUUGAAGCAUGUUCUCCAUUUAUUUUACAAUUCCUUCAAGGGAGAACCCUGACUUUGGAUAUGCUUAAGUUACAGUAUUUUUAUGACCAUCCAGAAAGCCUGCUAUUAUUGAAGAGCAUCCGAGUCUCAAUAAGUGGAGACUUGAAAAUCGUAUCACCUAUACCAGAUAAUUCAUUUCUGGAGGCAUAUGGGGACAAAUCACAGGCACCAGCUAUACAUCAGGACUGUGCUUCUGCCUUUGAGGAUAUGAUGGAAUGGGAACGGGAUUUAGCUGAAAAGCAGAAAAACAUAAAGAGAUUCCUGAAUAUGAGGGUCAAAGCACCACCAGACAUCAGCUCCGGCUAUUGGAAACUUUCUCCAAAGCAGCACAAGAUUCCCCUUUUGGAAGUCCACGUGACUGAUAUGGAUGGUGUGGACCAAGAGAUGCUCAGGAUUCUAAUGACAAUUUUCUCAGCUUCACAACGCAUUGAACUUCACUUAAAGGGAAGCAAGGGCUUUAUUGAAAGCCUUUGCCCAGCUCUUGAGCAAUAUAAGGCUUCUUUCACCAAGUGCUCCAUAAACAGAUCUGAGCUGAAUGCAGUAAAACAGGAAUUGCUUCUCAAUCUGCCUUCCUUGGAAUCCCUUGAAGUCUCAGAAACAGCCCACAUACCAGAUCAACUCUUUCCUAAUUUGGACAAGUUCCCAUGUCUGAAAGAAUUGUCAGUGGACAUGAAUGAAAAAAAUGUUUUUCCAGUUAUUCCUGAAGAAUUCGUAAAUCUCCACCAUAUGGAGAAAUUAUUGAUCAAAAUUUCCACUGAGAAAGGUCCUUCCAAUAUAGUUAAAUUAAUUGAGAAUUCUCCAAACCUUAAUGUUUUCCAUCUGCAAUGUAAUUUCUUUUCGGAUUUUGAGUCUCUCAUGACUGUACUCGCUUCCUGCAAGAAACUGAAAGAAAUUAAAUUUUCUGGAGCAUUUUUAAAACCCAUCCCAUUUGUCACCAUUCUGCCGAAUUUUAUUUCUCUGAAGAUAUUAAAUCUUAAUCUACAGGAAUUUCCAGAUAAGGAGACAUCUGAAAAAUUUGCCUACACAUUAGGUUCUCUUAGCAAUCUGGAAGAAUUGAUCCUUCCUACUGGGGAUGGGAUUCAUCAGGUGGCCAAACUGAUCAUCCAGCAGUGUCAGCAUCUUCGAUGUCUCCGAGUUCUUUCAUUUUUCAAGACUUUAAAUGAUGACAGUGUAAUGGAAAUUGCCAAAGUAGCAAUCAGUGGAGGUUUCCAGAAACUUGAGGACUUAAACCUUUCAAUGAAUCACAAGAUUACAGAGGAAGGAUAUAGAAAUUUCUUUCAACUACUGGACAACUUGCCAAACUUGCAAAAGUUGACCAUUUCCAGGUAUUACACUGAAUGUAUCAGAGCUCAGGCCACCACAGUGAAGUCUUUGAGUCAAUGUAUGUUACGGCUGCCAAGUCUCACCACACUGACCAUGUUUAGCUGGCUCCUGGAUGCAGAAGACAUCACACUGCUUACUUCGACAAAAGAAAAACACCCUCAAUCUAAACAUUUCAAUAUUUGGUGGAAAUGGAUAUUGCCAUUCUCUCCAAUCAUUCAGAAGUAGAAGACUUAGCUAAAAACUGCUGUAUCAAGAAAAAUUUUGUCAACAAUUUAAAAACCGAAUUAUCCAAAAACAUUUUAUUACACACUAGAGGACCAGUGCACAAAAUUUGUGCA